AUGAGUGGGUUUCCGGCGCUGCUCGCGCUGCUCGCGUUCGCCCUCAUUCUCGCGAGUGACGUCAUCCGCGCGGCGUGCGGCCAAGACAUGCUCACGGACGUGUCUGCUACGCCGCCGCCGGCGGUGGCGACGGCGAUCACGGUGGGCAGCACCUUCGCGUUCAACUUCACGGCGGCGCGCUGCACCAACCUGCAGAGCACUCUUCCCAACGCCACCGUGCAGUGGACGUCCGCCGCCGCCGCCACCGCGAAGCUCCCCGCGUGCGAGAACAUCACCCUCUGGACCGGCCCUGAUUGCACCGGGGUCGUCGCGUCCUUCCUCGCCAAGCCCUCCAGCCCGACCACCUACACCACCCGAACCAUCCUCUCUUCUCCGUAUCCACUGUCGGCUCUCUGCUUUAUCGCGGGAGACGCUCCCUGGUGGCCCACAGAGGUGGCGGCCAGGGUGGUGGUGGCGACGGCCGUGGCAGUGGGCGCCUACAAGGUCGCCUUCGACCCCUCCUCGCGCUGUGCAGGCGUGCCAGCCGGCACGGCUCCCGCUGGCGUGAGCACGCCUGUGAGCGUCCGGUGGGACGCGCCGUGCACCACGCUGGCGUUCUUCCCCGGCAGCAGCUGCAGCGGCGCUGUCCUGAAGCUCAUGUAUUCCUUCUCCAGCAGCAACUCCCCGUCCAUCAAACCAUCCAGCCCACUCGCGUCAAUUCGCUGCUCAUUCUCCUCCUCCACGGCAUGCAAUUACGCCACAUGCCCUGCCAACUCCGUGUGCGCGGGCACAAGCGACAACAGGGUAGCCACCUGCAAGUGCGACAAGGGCUAUAUUGGCAUCAACGGCACCUGCCAAGACAAGUGCAAUCUCAACUGUGUUGCGGCCAACACCCGUUGUGUGAGGGACGCGAACGGGGUCCCGGAUUGUGUUUGCAACAAGGGCUUUCAAUAUGCUUCUGACAGCAGCAACACCUGUGUUGACAAAUGCUCUUUUGUGAAUUGUGGGCCCAACGGCAAGUGCAUCAAGGAUGCGAAUGGAAAUGCCACCUGUGCUUGCAACGCUGGCUUCCAGAUGCCUCCCAACAAGAUCACUUGCAUUGACAAGUGCGAGUUUGUGACGUGCAAGGCCAACUCAACGUGCGUCAAGGAUGCGAACGGGAAUACAACUUGCGAGUGCAUCAAGGGCUUCGAGAGGCUUCCGGGCAAUGACACUUGCGUUGACAAGUGUGCUGCAGUGGAUUGUGGGCCCGGCGGCACGUGCAAGACGGAUGCGUAUGGAAUUCCGGCCUGUAAUUGCACCACCGGCUUCAAGCUGUCUUCUGACAAGCUCUCUUGCAUUGACAUGUGUGGUUCAGUGGACUGUGGGACGGGCGGCACGUGCAAGACGGAUGCAAAGGGAAAUGCAUACUGCAGUUGCAUGGCAGGAUACGUGCCGACUAAUAACAUGCUCACUUGCAUCGACAGGUGUGCUUCUCUGAGUUGUGGGCCUGGCGGCAUGUGCGAGAAGGAUGCGAGCGGGAAUCCCUUCUGCAACUGCAACAAAGGAUUCGAGCAGUCUGCUGACAAGCUCACUUGCAUCGAUAUUUGUGCUUCAAUGAAUUGUGGGGUCGAUGCCACGUGCUUCAAGAGCUACGAGUAUGACGAUACUGUCGGAUCUCCAAUACGUGUGUGA